AUGCGUAUAUCCAAACACCUUUUUUGCAUAGGGGGGAAACAAAAUAUACUUUGUCGAAAAAAAAAAAAAAAAAAUAUCAUCUCACCUUUUGAUUAUUUUGUUAACACUAAUUUUUAUAUAUUUAAAAAAAAAUGGUUGAAAUUUAUUAUGAAAAAUAAAAGUCAUAACAAGCUGGAACAUACAGCAAGAUGUUAUAAUAAUAUUGUUGGGCAUAUAGAACAAAAUAUAGAAAAGGAAAAAAGAAAAGUGUCAAAUUAUAUAUUAUUUGAAGAAAAGGAUAAGAAGAAGAAGAUGAUGUUAAAAGAUAAUAAUCAUAAUAAUAACAAUAAUAAUCUUAGGAAUUAUAAUUUUUGUUUUAAUCAUAUUUUAAUCUAUAAUGUUAUAUUAAAAAAUGAUAUAAUUGAUGACAUAUACUUAGAAGUAGUAUUCUUUGAUAUGGAUGCUUUUGAAAAUAUUAUAUUGAAUAAUUGCUAUGGUUAUAUGAUGAGAAAUUAUAUUCAAAUAUUUUAUAAAAAAUUGAAAUGUGUUAAUAUAAAAAAUAAAUUAAUAAAUCUAUACACAAGCAAAGUUAAUAAUAUAUAUAAUAAUUUAUUAUUUUAUCACACAUAUAAAAAAAAGAAGAAUUUUUUAUUACAUACAAGUAUGUAUAGACAAUUUUCACGUACGUUAAAAUAUAUGUUGAAAGAUAAAUUAGGUAUUAAUGUAUUCACAUAUCAGUAUAUACAAAAUGAAAAGAACUACAAAAAAAAAACAUAUAUUGAGUUAAUAAAACAUGAUAAUAUGUUUAACGUUAAUAUGUUAAAUGAUAACACAUUCAAUGAUAACAUAUUAAAUAAUAACAUAUUGAAUAAUAAUAAUUUCAGUUUUAAUAAAAAUAUUAUGCAUAUGAAACAAAAAUAUAUUCAUAAUUAUUUAUUCAAAAUCAUGAACAAUAUGUUUAUAAAUCGUUUUAUUUAUUUAUAUAAUAAAAACAAAAAUAAUAAUAUUAAUAAUAUUAAUAAUAUUUACAACAGUUAUAAUGUUCAUAAUAAACAUGUUUAUAAUAGUAAGAUUGAUACAUACAAAAAUAUUUUUUUAAAUUACAAUCUUGUCAAAUUAAAAGAUAUAUUUUUUAAGUUCAACCAUAAAAGUAAAGCUGAAUGUAAAGAAAUAUUAAAUAUGAAUUAUGAUUUAUUCAUACAUACAUUAAUUAAUAAAAGGAAGGAGAAAAAGAAAUAUUUUUUAUUUUUUAUAAAAUACUAUAAAGAACUUUUUAAUGUAAAUGAUAUAUUUAUUAUAGACAAAGAGAAUGUGAAAAAAAAUUUUUUUUUUUUUUUUUAUCACAGUUUGAUUGGAGGCCCUUCCUUUUUCUUCUUCAAUAAGGAAAAGGAUAAGAAAAAUCGAUCGAUUAGAUGUAAUAGAACAAACAAAAACAAAAUUAAAAUGAAGAAUAAGAACAAAAAGAAAAUGUUACAUAUAUUAUAUAAUAAUCCAAAUUACAUUCCAAAUAUCUCACUACUUUUUGAAAAAGGAAAGAAUAAUAAAAUAAUAAAUUUAAAAAAAAGAAAAAGAAGAAAACCAUAUUUUAUUAAUUUAAAUAAUAAUCAAUUAAAAUAUAACAGUACAGAUAAUUAUAUACUUUUUUUUCUAUAUGAUCUGAUUUUUAAUCAUAAUUUUAAUAUAUAUAAAUAUAUGAAUAUAAAUAAUUCACAGAGAAAUGGAAAAGAACAUAUAUCCAAUUCUUUUAUAUCUACAUUUAAAAAAAAUAGAAAUAAAAAGAAAAGUAUAAAAUUAAACAAUAUAUUAAAAGAUAAAAUAAAAGAUGGAAGAAUUAUUUUAUUUACAAAUGAUAAAAAGUUACAAUCUAUGUGUUUUAAAAUAAAUAUAUUUUAUCAGAAUGUAUUCCAUAUGUUAAAAUAUAAUGAUAAUUAUAAUAAUAACAAAUAUGAUGGUGUUCAUAAUAUAAAUAAAAAAUUAAUUAAAUUGUAUGUAUUUAGUGAUAAAAUAUUAUUUAAUAAUCACCAUAUAACUAAUAAUAAUACAAAGAAUAUAAAAAAAGUAGAUAAAUAUGAAUUAUAUUCUUUUUCAAAAAGUUUUAUAUUUUAA